AUGAACUCUCUACCAACAAAUGACACCAGAGGGUCCCAGUUUUUGAAGAGAAUGGCAGUGAAGCACAUAAAGCAGAUCGAAAUGAGCAACGAGCUGAAGCAGAACGCGCUUUUUCGCGGAAUGGAGGUCAGCAUGGUUGAGGCAAUGGGCUGGGUGCAGUCUGUCAAGGAGAUAUCAAACAAUGGAAAGAAGUUUGUGCUUGCAGAUGGAACCGACACCAUAUCGUGCCUGGUGUGGGGCGAGAAGCGGGAGAUUUCCCUGAACAAGGGGGACUUUGUCAAGGUGCUGGGAAGCAUAGGGCGGUACGACCAAAAGGACGACGGCAUUACGUUCACGUGUGCCAGCAUCGCGCGAGUGAGCGACGGAAACAACGCAGUGUACCACCUUCUGAUGCGGAUUGUGGACUCGCUUCGGGCAGAAAAGGCAAGGGACCCAGACGCCGCUGGGCACAGGGAGAACAUUCCGGUGAAAAGGCAGGACAGCAUGCGCCACAUUGGGGACUUCAACGAGAUACACAUGGACAUACUUUCGUACUUCAGCAACAACCAAGGGGAGACGGGCCUGCCGGUCAACAUGGUCACAAGCUCGCUUGUCUCCUCAGGGAAGUACUCCAAGAAAGAGAUCGAGGGCGGGCUGGACUACCUGAUAGACGCAGGAAAGCUCUUUUAUUGCGCAGAGGACAGAAAAACGCUGGCGCUUGUGGAAUAA